CGAUUUGAAACUUCAUGGCACAAACGUUUCGUCCCCAGGGAAAAGCAGAAACCUAGUGGACUCAUCUAAAAAUAAAAAUACCUAGUGGACCAAUAUGCAAACUGCACUCCUAAAGCUGUAUUCCUCCACCUGAUGGCCGACGCGAUGGCCGCCGCCGCCGCCGGAGAGAGUCCGCCGCUGCAGGCGGACUACUUCUUCGGGAGGCCAUGGCCCGAUCUCAACGAAGGACUCUCCUACACCGAUACAUUCCGCGGCGCCGAUGCGGAAACCACCGCCGCCUUGAUCAACUUCUACUCCGAGAACUACAAGAGCUCGGCGCCAUUGCCAGGGUGGAUUCAUAGGAUUCGCAAUGGACAGGUAGCAUACGCAGCAACCAGUGGUUAAUUAGUCAUGCUGUUUUUGUGUAUAACGGUUGAUGGCCAAGUUGUCACUGAUCCAGAUAUGAUUCUCAGGGUGGGUUCUAAGUUGGUAUAUCAUCGCCUCGCAUGGAAGGAGCCAUUUGCACCACAUUUGCUUCAAGUGCUUUAUGAAGAUGACGACAUGGUCGCCCUUAACAAGCCUUGCGGUUUGCAAGUUCUGCCAAAAGGAAUCUUCCAGCAGCGCACUGUUCUAGCACAGCUUCAGUGGAAAGAGUGGAAGAUGCCCCCAUCAAGCUGCUCUAAGAGAAAAAAUGUGCAGUUACAUCCUGUACCUGUUCAUCGAUUAGGAAGGGGCACGUCAGGUCUACUGUUUUGUGCCAAGACAAAGCUUGCCAAAGUUCAACUUGCAUCUUAUUUUGCAGAAGGUGCUGCAAAUGCAGAGAAGAAAAGGGAUGGAACUGAGGUGGGCAAAGAACGGAAAAUUUCAAAAUUCUAUCGAGCAUUAGUAACUGGUAUACUUGAACACAAUGAGGAUGUGGUUACUCAACCCAUAGGAUUGGUUCACUACCCUGGAGUUGCAGAGGGACUUUAUGUGGCAUGUUCCUCAGGAAAGCCAGCCAUGAGCAAAGUGUGUGUUCUUGAGAGACUUUUGCAUCAAAAUCAAACGCUGGUCCAGGUUGAAAUUCAUUCAGGACGGCCUCACCAAAUCCGAAUACACCUUGCAUACAUUGGACACCCUCUUGUUGAUGAUCCUCUCUAUGGUAUUGGUGGGCAGCCUAAAUUUGAUGACCUGGAAUCUACUAGUACGGAUAUUUCUUUUGCAUAUGACGGAGGUUAUGAGAGGCCUUUACAGCCUGUUCCCGGAGACUGUGGGUAUCACUUGCAUGCUCAUUGGCUGGUCCUUUCUCAUCCAACCACGAAUAAGAUGGUGAAGAUAACUGCCCCUCUGCCGCAUAUCCUACAAACUCGAGAGGAGCGUUGCGAUCCGCAAGUUGAUACUUCAGCUCAUAACUUUCCAUUUGAAAGUAUGUGCAUCCAUGAGUUGAGCAAUCAGUAAGAGUUCACAGGCCAUGUUUUUACAAGCCCAUGGAGAUGGAGGCUAUUGGACGCUAACGUCCACAUAUGAGGUUUUGAGUGUCUUACAGAGUGUCAGACUGAGUUUUUGCGUGUGGCGCAGCGUGGACAAUACAGGAAAUGGUAUUGCUGAGUUUAAAUGGUCACUGGACGCUUCUGAGGAGGAACCAUGAGGAACAUUUAUGUUACAGUAGAUGGUAGAACAGAGUAAACUUUUCAGGUCACUGCAUCUGAAGAUGCAUGCACACAGCCAAAUGAUGUACUAACUGCUGCUGUGUGUGUGUGUUCGUGUUGUAUAUAUGACCGAAACCAAUUUUGCACUUAUGCAAAUGUAUGCACAUUUUGGCUAAGAUUAUCAUCUGCAAGCAUGUAGGAACUAUA